ACCACUUGUAACACUCUGAUUGUCGAUUAAUGGAUCUCUCAUGCUCGUUCACUCAACCCGUGAAACCUAUUAUAAGUGAAUAUUAGAUUUAGUAUUCAUAAAAUAUUCAAAAAUAAAUAAAAUUAUCUAAAAAUAGCUAUAACCCCUCAAUAUUUGAAAUAGAUACCAUUUUGCCGCUCAAAUAUCCAACUCGAAUCAAAUUUCAUGUUAAUUUAUGUAUUCAAAGAUCCAAACUGAAAUUUAUAAACACUUGAAUAUAACUUAAAUUCCUAACUCCAAAAAUCUAAAAUCCGAACCAAACCGGACGCUCACCCCUAUUUUGAAACACUGGUGUGAUGUAUUAAGAAUAUUCUCGUUUAGGCGAGUACCGUGAACAUCAUUUAUGAGUUAGACGAGUUUGAUGGCCUAAAAUUAGUUAGGAUCUGUGUUAUUUGAUUAUAUAGUGAAAUGUAAUAGUUGAUGUAAUUACAACUAUAACCUUUUAAGAUUUAAUCAAAAUUUCAAAAUAUUUAAAUUAAUACGAGAGAGUACAUGAAAAAGUUAUUAUAUCAUUUCAAUUGUAAAAACGUAAAAAAUAAAAAUUAACUAAAUGAGAUGAGUUAAAAUGAUAGAUUAUCAUAUUUGAAAAACUAAAAAAUUUAAAACUGAAUUUUAUCCUGGACAUAUUAAAUAGAAAGGGAAUUUUAAUUUUACCACAAGUUUGAUACCACUUUUCAAAUUUAGUUUUAAAAGAUAAUUAUUCAUAUAUACUUUGAAUUUGUGAUAAAAAGUUUUAAUUAACUCUCAUAAUUAAAUCUUUAUAAAUAUUUAAAAUAGUUUUUAAAUAUUUAAAACAAUUUAUGAAAUACUUAUAAAAGUUUAUUAACCCAAUCCAACUCGUAAAUAUUAAAUCAUAAACAAUAAUUACUAAACCAUACAACCAAAUAUUAGAAUAUUUUUCAUUAAGUAUAUUUUGAAAAAUAGUAACUAAUUUAGGGUACUUUAAGUCAUUUCUCUUAAAUAAUAGAUGUAUUAUCAUAUUCUGACUCUCAAAUAUCUAUAUUUAUAUAAAAAAUACUAAUAGAUAAAAAAAAAUCGAUAGAAACAUAUCAUAUUUAAAAUUUGUUAAUUCAACUUAAUACACAUUAAACUUAUACCACAACAUUUUUAAAAUGUGUUUUAUCAAAAAAAAAAAAUUCUAAAAUAUAUAUCCCAAAAUAUGAAACAUAUUAGAUCUUAAUAAGCACGUGAAUAGACCUUUGUAGUUUAUAUAAAAAAAAUACAUACCACAUUGGAUAUUUUGUCAACUCUAAAAUAAAAUUUUUCACAAAAACUUAAAAUUAAUAAACUAAUAUUAUAAAAAUAUAACAAAUAUGAAAAUCUUUAAAUUUUACCAAAAAUAAAAAUAAAAAUGUUUAACAAAAUAAAUGUUUAAAUUAAAAAAAUAUAGAAAAUCUGCUCAUGAUCUAGUUUGUAUUUUGAAAGAGACUCGUCGUUUUGUAAAAGGUUAAAAAAGCAUGAUCGUCGUAACAGUAAGUAUUAGUCGUUUUUGAAAUGAAGCCCACUAGCCCAAUAAAAUUUGAUCCCAACAUAAACCUAUCCGAAACCUUAGCGGAUCCGAUCUCCGAGAAGACAAGGACAGUGACAUUAGAGUUCGAGACGGCUGCGACGAAAGACCAAAAGGAGGAUCUUACGUUGAACCUGUUAGAGAAUGCAUUAUCAGCGGGGUCGAGAAUUGGUCGGAUGGUCUCUGCGGUUCUUAGCUUGAAGAAGCUUGUCGGAUCUUAGCUUGAAGAAGCUUGUCGGAUCUUAGCUUGAAGAAGCUUGUCGGAUCUUAGCUUGAAGCUUGUUGGAUCUUAGCUUGAAUCUGGUCGGAUCAUAGCUUGAAUCUGGUCGGAACUCUGCAGUUCUUAGCUAGAAGCUUGUCGGUUCUUAGCUUGAAGCUGGUCGGAUCUUAGCUAGAGGCUUGUCGGAUCUUAGCUUGAAGCUGGUCGGAUCUCUGCGGUUCUAGCAUGAUCGAUCCUGUGAUGAUGGUUGAUGACGGAGGAAAGUUUAAGGAAGAUAAGAAGAUGAAUGUUGAAGAAUCUGGAGAAACAUGGAGCAACAUGGUUCUGAAAAAGCUUCUUCGUCCAGCAAGGUACUUCGACCCUCCCGACGAAGCUGGUUCAAUGACUGAUUCCUCUUGUGAUAGCUGUGGGGAGCAAGAUGAUGAAAAUCCCUCUAGGAAGCGUUGCUUUAUAUGCGCUAGUUUCGAGCAUGUCGGGGAACAGUGUUCAAUGGGACACGACUCUUGUCCUAACGACGGAUCCGUUUGCCUAAGAUGCGGAGACAUGGGACAUGAUAUGUCUUUGUGCAAGUACGAAUACUCCGAGGAUGAUCUCAAGGAUGUGCGAUGCUAUGUCUGUAAAAGCUUUGGCCACAUGUGCUGCGGCGAGGCGAUCUCGUCGUCAUCGUGGGCUGUGUCUUGCUACAAGUGUGGUAAACUGGGUCAUGUCGGGCUAGGGUGUGGUAGACACUACGAGGAGCCUCCCACGUGUUGGGGGAAAAGGCAUUGUUCGAGUAGAUUAGCUGAGAAGAAAAGGAGACGUCUUACGAAGGCUCUUGCUACUUCGGCGGCCAUUAGGGAUAGGCUUGAGAAGAAGAAGCAGGUGAUACUGGAACAACAACAACAUCAGCAGCAUUCCACUCUUGAUGAAUCCAACGGGAAGGUUGAGAAGAGUGAUGGAAACUUUGAAGAGGGUUCUACUUCCCACGGGAAGAAGAAUGAUGGAAACUCGGAACAGCAUUGUACUCUUGAUGGGAAGACGAAGAAGGAUAAAGUUGAGUCGGAACAGAAGGUUAGUAAAGAAGAAGAGGAAGAUGAAUCAAAUGAUUGGAUAACAGAGGGUUUGGUCUUUGGAAAGCAUCAGAAGGCUGAGUUCUCCCAUUACACCAUCAGGUCAUAACCAUAGAGAUUCACAGUGUAGUGGGCAUCUCUCGGAUCUUCCAACUUCAAGGUGGCUGGCUGCUUUAUUAUCCUCAUACAUUGUCAGCAGCACAUAUAUGGUCAUGUACCUUCAAGAUAGUGUUGUUUUGUUUAUUUUCUUAGACAAGUAGUUUGUGUCUGUCAGUCCUCAUUUGUUAAGUGAUAUGUUUUUGUUCUAAUUUAUGAAAGAUAGGUUUUGAUGUCAA